AUGUUACGGCCCCGGACCACACGCGCCGUCACACGAGGACUGUCGCAGGCCGCAUCGCACCUCGCCCGACCCGCCACAUGCGCCCCUAGACGCGCGCUGGCCACGGCCGCCGCCGAGGAAAAGGACCCCGUCGAGCUCGACCACAUCACCACCCUCCCCAACGGCAUCCGCGUCGCGACCGAGGCGCUGCCCGGCCACUUCUCGGGCAUUGGCGUCUACGUCGAUGCCGGCUCGCGCUACGAGAACGACGCGCUGCGGGGCGUGAGCCACAUCGUCGACCGCCUCGCCUUCAAGUCCACGCGCGCCACGGGCGGCGACCAGAUGGCGGAGAAGAUGGAGUCGCUCGGCGGCAACAUCCAGUGCGCCUCGUCGCGCGAGUCGCUCAUGUACCAGUCCGCCACCUUCAACUCGGCCGUCGACGCCACCGUCGCCCUCCUGGCCGAGACGAUCCGCGACCCCCUCGUCACCGAGGACGAGGUCCAGCAGCAGCUCGAGACGGCCGACUACGAGAUUGGCGAGAUCUGGAGCAAGCCCGAGCUCAUCCUGCCCGAGCUGGUCCACAUGGCCGCCUUCAAGGACAACACCCUCGGCAACCCCCUGCUGUGCCCCAAGGAGCGCCUGCCCCACAUCACCCGCGACGUCGUCGACGCCUACCGCAGGGAGUUCUACAAGCCCGACCGCAUCGUCGUCGCCUUUGUCGGCCUCGACCACAACGAGGCCGUCAAGCUGACCGAGCAGUACUUUGGCGACAUGGCCAAGGCCCGCGGUCCCUCUCUCGUCGCCCUCGCCGACCACGCCGCGAUAGCCAGCACCACCACCCUCGGCCAGACCUUCACAGCCGACCACCCCACCCCGACCGGCGCAGCCCCGCAGCAGUCCAAGCUGCUCUCCAAGAUCCCCUUCCUCAACAGCUUCUCCACCUCCGCCACCGACUCGGCCGCCCUCAACACCGCCUUCGACCUCGACUUCCCGCCCAUCGACACAGCCGUCCCCUCGCACUACACCGGUGGCUUCCUCACCCUCCCCCCGAUCCCGCCGCCGCUCAACCCCAUGCUCCGCCGCCUCUCGCACAUCCACCUCGCCUUCGAGGCCCUGCCCAUCUCCUCGCCCGACAUCUACGCCCUGGCAACCCUGCAGACACUGCUCGGCGGCGGCGGCUCCUUCAGCGCCGGCGGCCCUGGAAAGGGCAUGUACUCGCGCCUGUACACAAACGUGCUGAACCAGCACUUCUGGGUCGAGUCGUGCGUCGCCUUCAACCACAGCUACACCGACAGCGGCCUCUUCGGCAUCGCCGCCUCCUGCGCCCCGACCCACGUCGCGCAGAUGCUCGAGGUCAUGUGUCGCGAGCUCAAGUCGCUCGGCGACGAAUCCGGCUACGCGGCGCUCAAAGACGCCGAAGUCCAGCGCGCCAAGAACCAGCUCCGCUCCUCGCUCCUCAUGAACCUCGAGUCGCGCAUGGUCGAGCUCGAAGACCUCGGCAGACAAGUCCAGGUCCACGGCCGCAAGGUCGGCGUCAAGGAAAUGUGCGCCAAGAUCGAAGCCGUCACCGUCGCCGACCUGCGCCGCGUCGCCCGCCACGUCUUCGGCGGCGGCGUCCGCAACCCCGGCCACGGCUCCGGCGCCCCUACCGUCGUCCUGCAAGAGGGCGAGCAGGAGGGCCUGAAGCGCAAGGACUUGUCCUGGGACGACAUCCAGACCCGCAUCGCGCGGUGGAAGCUGGGGCGGAGAUGA